AUGAACGGCUACCGCGUGAAUGCACAGACUUUUGCUCCUAGCCAUCCUUUAGGAGUCAAGCCAUCGGGGAACGCAUUGCUAGGAAAAAGUGGAGCGGUAGAGAAGAGAAAGAGAAGCGAGUUGCUCGGAAGCCUCAGCUGUCUGGAUGAGGAGGUGUUGAUAUAUAUCAUAUCACUUUUGGAGUCCCCACUUGACUUGCUUCAUUUGGGACACGCAUCCAGAAUUUUAUACGCAUACACCUACAGCGAAGAACUGUGGAGAAAGCUUUACGUCGACAAAUUCAUCGUUUUGGAAGAAAGUCUUGAAAAACCAAACGCGGGCAUCUACCCAUUUGGUUGUAAGAAAUGGAGAGGAAGCUGGAGAAAAACAGUUUUACGAUCAGAUGAAGAGGCUUUGAUUCAUGUGCAUGAUCUAGUGUUCUCAGAUCACUUGUACAGACCGUACCAAUGUUCCCAAAUAGAUUUCGAGCACCUAUUUCGAAAAGUCAUACAGGCUGAGCAGGUAACUAGAGAUAAAAACAUCGAUCAAAGCUCCGGCCAUGGCAUUGAGAGAAUCAAUGAAGAACAUUUUGUGUUGAGCGAUUUCGAAAAAUAUCAUGUUGAUAAGCCGUUUAUUUUACAGAGCAAGAACGCGCGGGGCAGAUGGCCAAAUUGGACAUUAAAAAGUCUUCUGAAUCAGUUUGGCUCGACGAAAUUUCGGCAAGAGGCCGUAAAGUGGUCGCUAUCAUUUUACGCGGAUUAUUUUCGAAAAAACUGUGACGAGUCUCCAUUGUACCUUUUUGAUUGCAACAGCGAAGCUAUCCGCCAAAUACAGAAAGAGUAUGAAGCCCCAAAGGUUUUUCAAAAUGACCUAUUCAAGGUAUUCCAAAACAACGAUAUUCAGUGCAGGCCCGAUCAUCGAUGGCUGAUCGCUGGACCUCGAGGAAGUGGUUCAACAUUUCAUAAGGACCCCAAUUAUACAAGCGCGUGGAAUACCGUUUUGUCUGGGAAAAAGUUAUGGGUUAUGCUGCCUCCUAAUGUAAGGCCACCGGGUGUGUCAACUGACGAGGAAGAAGAGGAGGUGACAUCGCCCGUAGGUGUUGCAGAAUGGGUCUUGUCAGGCUUCUACAAUGACGCUGUGAGACUAGCAGAGGAUAGAAAGUGCAUCAUAACGGUCACUUUUCCAGGAGAUUGCAUAUAUGUCCCUUCAGGAUGGUGGCACACUGUGAUAAACCUAACUGAUUCUGUCGCAAUAACGGAAAACUUCGUACCCAGCCCAGUCCUCUCUAAAGCUCUCCAUUUUUUCAGUUUUAAAAGGUCCCAGAUUUCAGGAUUUCAUUUGAAAGAUACUUUGCUUGCGAUCGAGCAUUUUUUAUGUUCGCAUGAAAGGGCGGCGGACGAGGACUCGGUCCUCAAUUUUGAAAAGCUUGAGAAUUUCAAAGCCGCAUGUGCUGAUAUUGAUCUGGAUAAUGGAGAUUGUGGUCUCUCUGAUGGAAACUCAGAAUUGCCAAUCUACGAGUUUUUUGUGGAGCUCCUAAGAGCUUCAAAAUUUGGGGUUAGCUUACCUCGCGCACUGAAAGAAUGUAGUAACUUGAGCCUGCAAGCUGCAAAAGAAAAGCAAGUGGCCGCCGUUCAGGCUCUUAAAGCAUCGGAAAUUUGGAACAACCUAGCGUCAGAUUCAAGCUCAGGCUUUAGUUUUGGUUUCGCACUUGAAUAA